AUGCGUGUUGCUUGCGAUGGUAACGAGGCAGCAGCUGCGUCUGCUUAUAACGUCUCUGAAACAGCCAUCAUUUUUCCUAUCACACCCUCAUCCCCUAUGGGAGAGCAUUGCGAUAACUGGUCGGUUCAGGGACGGAAGAAUAUCUUUGGACAGCCUGUGCGCGUCGUUGAAAUGCAGUCUGAGGCGGGUGCUAUGGGAGCCCUUCAUGGUGCUCUGGUGGGAGGUGCUUUAGGUACCACGUUCUCCUCCUCGCAAGGUUUGAUGCUUAUGAUUCCGGAUAUGUACGUUUUUGUUGCCGGUGAACUGCUCCCCGGAGUCCUUCACGUGGCCAGCCGGUCGGUUGCGAAGCAAACUGGCUGUCUGUACUGCGAUUACAGUGAUGUGUUCACGACUCGCGGAACCGGCUUCAGCUACCUGUCCUCUCACUCUGUGCAGGAGGCUCACGAUCUUGCCUUGGUGGCUCAUAUUGCUGCUCUGGAGAGCAGCUACCCGAUGCUUCACUUCUUCGAUGGUUUCCGCACCUCCCACGAAGUGGCUUCGAUCGAGAUGAUAACUCCGGACGAGGUGAAGAAGAUCUACCCGUUCGACAAGGCUCUGGAGUUCAAGAAGCGCGGAUUGAACCCCACGCAUCCCGAAUGCAUGGGUGUCGUGGAGGGUGGCGAUACUUGGAUGCAGCAUGCUCUCGCCAACGGCCCUCUGCUCGCCAAGAUCCCUGAUAACGUGCAGGCGGCGAUGGACAAGGUGGCGAGCAUCACGGGUCGUCAGUACCAUCUGUUCGACUAUGUGGGCGCUCCCGACGCGGAUCGUGUGAUCGUGGUGAUGGGCGCCUCGGCGAGUACCGUGGAGGAGACGGUGAACUAUCUGAACCAGCACGGCGAGAAGGUGGGUGUGAUGAAGGUGCAUCUGUGGCGCCCGUUCUCGCUGAAGCACUUCACUGCUGCGCUGCCGAAGACGGUUUCGAGCAUCUGCGUGCUGGACAAGACGCGCGAGGAUGGCGCGUACGGAGAGCCGCUGUACGAGGAUGUGUGCGCCGUGGUGAACGACAUGGACCGCAAGAUCAAGGUGGUGGGCGGCCGCUUCGGUAUUGGAGGCAAGCAGUUCACGCCCACGAUGGCGAAGGCGGCGUUCGAUAACCUGAAGGCGGAGAAGCCGAAGAACCGGUUCUCGCUGGGUAUCGUGGACGAUGUGUGCCACAGCGAUCUGCCUCUGGGUCCGAAGAUCCACGUGGGAGGAGAGAACACAAAGCAGUGCAUUCUGUACGGACUGGGCUCCGAUGGAACGGUGGGCGCCACGCAGGAGGCCGUGAAGCUGAUCGUGGACAACACCAAGCUGAACGCGCAGGCCUAUUUCGGCUUCGAUGCGCACAAGUCGGGCGGUCUGACGGUGACGCAUCUGCGAUUCGGUCCGGAGAAGAUCACAUCGGAGUACAACAUCGAGAACGCGGACUACGUGGGUUGCCAUACCAGCGGGUACGUGCACAAGUACGACAUGCUGAGCACCAUCAAGGAGGGCGGAACCUUCGUGCUGAACGCGCCCUGGAAGACGGUGGAGGAGCUGGACGCCAAUCUGCCGCCCGCCAUGAAGCAUCAGAUCGCGGAGAAGAAGGUGAAGCUGUACGUGAUCGACGCUUCUGCCGUGGCGCAGAAGGUGGGACUGCGUCAGCGCAUCAACAUGGUGAUGCAGGCGGUGUUCUUCAAGCUGUCGAAGGUGCUGCCCGAGGACCAGGCCACCAAGCUGAUCGCCGACAACAUCCGCACCCGCUACGCGAAGAAGGGCGAGGAAGUGGUGAACAUGAACAUCACCGCCAUGGAGCAGGCCGGAAAGGAGCUGGUGGAGAUCGACUAUCCUUCCUCCUGGAUCGACUACAAGAUGGAGCCGCUGCACAAGUUCCCUCCCAACGCGACGGACGCCUACAAGAACCUGCAGUACCACGUGGCCAUGAUCACUGGAGACCAGCUGCCCGUGUCUGCGUUCAUUCCGGGCGGUCGCCAGGAGACGGACACUGCGCAGUUCGAGAAGCGCGGCAUGGCUACGAUCGUACCGGUGUGGAACAAGGACACCUGCACGCAGUGCAACCAGUGCGCGAGCAUCUGCCCGCACUCCGUGAUUCGUCCCUUCCUGAUGGACGCGGAGGAGACCAAGAAGGCGCCCGCCAGCUUCACGUAUCUCCCCGCCGUGGGCGACGAGCUGAAGGGUCUGAACUUCACGAUCCAGGCUUCGCCGCUGGACUGCACGGGCUGCGAGGUGUGCGCGACUGUGUGCCCUACGGAGUCGUUGAAGAUGGAGCCUCUGACGAAGGUCUCUGCGGUGCAGAGCAAGAACUGGGACUUCGCGAUGACGCUGACGAACAAGGGCCAUCUGGUGGACAAGACCACGGUGAAGGGACUGGCCUUCCAGGAGCCCAUGCUCGAGUUCAACGGAGCCUGCGCUGGAUGCGGAGAAAUGACGGUGGUGAAGAUGCUGACGCAGCUGUUCGGAGAUCGCAUUUCGUUCGCGGAUGCCAUGGGAUGCACGAUGGUGUCUCUGGGAGGCACUGGAGUCGUACCCUUCACUCGCAAUCAGCGUGGUCACGGACCCACUUGGGGCUGCUCCAUGUUCGAGGAUAACGCCGAGUACGGCUACGGUAUCUACAAGUCGCAGGUGGUUCGUCGCAACAAGCUGACCUCCGCUGUCGAGGCCGCUCUCGCCUCCUCUGCGCCUUCCCCCGCUCUGAAGGCCGCUCUGCAGAAGUGGUACGACGGUCGCCAGGACCCCGAUGUGUCCAUUGCCUGCUACGACGAGCUUCUCCCCUUGCUGGAGAAGGAGAAGAGCAAGCCUGAGAUCAAGGCGGUGGCGGACUACCAGGACAUGCUCCCCAAGGCCACGACCUGGAUCCUGGGAGGCGAUGGCUGGGCCUACGAUAUCGGCUUCGGCGGUCUGGACCACGUCAUGGCUUCGGGCGACGACAUCAAGUGUCUGGUCGUGGACACGGAGAUGUACGCCAACACGGGAGGCCAGCAGUCGAAGGCCACGCAGAUGUCCGCGGUGGCGAAGUUCGCUGCGGGCGGCAAGCGUCUGAUGAAGAAGGAUCUGGGCAAGCACAUGAUGGGCUACAAGAACGUGUACGUGGCGUCGAUCGCGGUGGGUGCGGACCCGCGCCAGGCCAUCAAGGCGCUGAUCGAGGCGCAGACGUACAACGGACCGGCCAUCGUGAUCUCCUACUCGCCCUGCCAGCAGCACGGAUUCCCGAGCAAGCUGGGAAUGAGCCACCUGGCCGAGGAGGAGCAGCGCGCGGUGGAGUGCGGCUACUGGCCGCUGUACCGCUAUGAUCCGCGCCGCGCGGAGAAGGGCGAGAACCCGUUCCAGCUGGAUUUCAAGAAGCUGAAGGGCAAGGUCAGCGACUACCUCGCCGGACAGAACCGGUACAACAUCCUCGAGAGACAGCAGCCCGCCGUGGCCGAGGAGCUGCACAAACAGCUGCAGGAGGAGAUCGAGAAGAGACACGCGGAGCGCGUGCGCAUGGCGAUGUCGGACAAGCAGUUGUGGAAGGAGCUGAACAAGGUGUACGGAAAGAAGUAAAUGUAAUUAUGACCAUUGAC